UAAUUCACUCCCUCACAUUUCAAUUUCCGCCUCUCUAUACUCCUUAAACCCUAAACUUCCAUUUCUUCUUCUUCAUUUUCUCUCUCCAUUUUCGAUCUCGAGGUUUGAGAAAAAGUAGAAAUCACAACAAUGGCGGAAGCUGAAACGUUUGCCUUCCAGGCUGAGAUUAACCAGCUUCUUAGUCUUAUUAUCAACACUUUCUACAGCAACAAGGAGAUCUUUCUUCGUGAACUUAUCAGUAACUCUUCCGAUGCCUUGGAUAAAAUCCGUUUUGAGGGUUUGACUGACAAGAGCAAGCUCGAAGCUCAGCCAGAACUCUUUAUCCACAUCGUGCCAGACAAGACCAACAACUCACUGACAAUCAUUGACAGUGGUAUUGGGAUGACCAAGGCUGAUUUGGUGAACAACUUGGGUACCAUUGCAAGGUCUGGAACAAAGGAAUUCAUGGAAGCCUUGGCUGCUGGAGCUGAUGUGAGCAUGAUUGGUCAGUUUGGUGUGGGUUUCUACUCUGCAUACCUUGUUGCUGAGAAGGUUAUUGUCACAACAAAGCACAAUGACGAUGAGCAGUACGUGUGGGAGUCUCAAGCUGGUGGUUCCUUCACUGUGACUAGGGACACCACUGGUGAGCCCCUUGGCAGGGGAACUAAGAUGACCCUUUACCUUAAGGAGGACCAACUUGAGUACCUCGAGGAGCGUCGCCUCAAGGAUCUAAUCAAGAAGCACUCUGAGUUCAUCAGCUACCCUAUUUCUCUCUGGGUUGAGAAGACCAUUGAGAAGGAGAUCUCUGAUGACGAGGAAGAAGAGGAGAAGAAAGAUGAGGAGGGUAAGGUAGAGGAUGUUGAUGAGGAAAAAGAGAAAGAAGAGAAGAAGAAAAAGAAGAUUAAGGAGGUCUCCAACGAAUGGUCUUUGGUUAACAAGCAAAAGCCCAUCUGGAUGAGGAAGCCAGAAGAGAUCACCAAAGAGGAGUACGCUGCAUUUUACAAGAGUCUUACCAAUGACUGGGAAGAGCAUUUGCAAGUGAAGCACUUCUCUGUUGAGGGUCAGUUGGAGUUCAAGGCUGUCCUUUUUGUGCCCAAGAGAGCACCCUUUGAUCUCUUUGACACAAAGAAGAAGCCAAACAACAUCAAGCUUUAUGUUCGCCGUGUUUUCAUCAUGGACAACUGUGAGGAAUUGAUCCCUGAGUACCUCAGCUUUGUCAAGGGUAUUGUGGAUUCUGAGGAUCUCCCCCUUAACAUUUCUAGAGAGACAUUGCAACAAAACAAGAUCUUGAAGGUGAUCAGGAAGAAUCUUGUAAAGAAGUGUGUUGAGCUCUUCUUUGAGAUUGCUGAGAACAAGGAUGAUUACAACAAGUUCUACGAGGCUUUCUCAAAGAACUUGAAGUUGGGUAUCCACGAGGACACCCAAAACAGGAACAAGCUCGCUGAGUUGCUUAGGUACCACUCCACCAAGAGCGGUGAAGAGAUGACCAGCCUUAAGGACUAUGUGACCAGAAUGAAGGAGGGCCAGAAUGACAUCUUCUACAUCACUGGUGAGACCAAGAAGGCAGUUGAGAACUCUCCCUUCCUUGAGAGACUGAAAAAGAAGGGAUAUGAAGUUUUGUACAUGGUUGAUGCUAUUGAUGAGUAUGCUGUUGGUCAGCUCAAGGAGUUUGAGGGUAAGAAACUGGUUUCUGCCACCAAGGAGGGUCUAAAGCUUGAUGAAAGUGAGGAUGAGAAGAAGAAGAGCGAAGAAUCAAAGGAGAAGUUUGAGGGUCUGUGCAAGGUCAUGAAGGAUGUCCUUGGUGACAAGGUUGAGAAGGUUGUUGUAUCUGACCGCGUGGUUGAUUCUCCCUGUUGUUUGGUCACUGGUGAAUAUGGAUGGUCUGCUAACAUGGAGAGGAUCAUGAAGGCACAAGCUUUGAGGGACUCGAGCAUGGCUGGUUACAUGUCUUCUAAGAAGACCAUGGAGAUCAACCCAGAGAACCCUAUCAUGGAAGAGCUGAGAAAGAGGGCUGAUGCUGACAAGAACGACAAGUCCGUGAAGGAUUUGGUUCUUCUCUUGCACGAGACUGCUUUGUUGACAUCUGGGUUCAGCCUUGAUGACCCUAACACCUUCGGCAACCGCAUCCACAGAAUGUUGAAGCUUGGUCUGAGCAUUGAUGAUGAUGCCGCUGGAGAAGUUGAUGUUGACAUGCCAGCCCUCGAGGAAGCUGAUGCUGAGGAAUCCAAGAUGGAGGAAGUCGACUAAGCUUGAUGUUUCUAGGUUGUUUCUGAUUUUACUGAUUAGUAGUAGUAAGUAGUUCUUUAUUCGUCCUUUUUAAUACACUCUCUAUCCUUUUCUCCCCCUGUUUGAUGUUGAGUGUGUUCUCUUUUGGAACUAUGAGAAUUUUUUUGAGUGGUAGUUGGGGGUUUUUUUAUUUAGUUUUUGCCUAAAGACAAGUGGUUAGUGCAGUUUAAUGAAUCAAUCUAUAGCUUUAUUUUGCGUA